AUGGCGGCAACAGAGACGAAAACAAAGACGUUCAAGUCACACCCGAUCGAAAGCUGGGACGAUGGCAUGUCGCCCAUCUACACACAUCUGCACCCGCUGCUCCUGCUCGGUCUCUUCUACUACCAAUUCCCCUCGCUGGUCGAGAAGCCCGUCGACACACUCCUGCAGACUGCUUUGGGUGUCGCUGCUCUACAGCUGCUGUACCUCUGCAUCUGCAUUCCCGGGAGCAACCAAGCUCAAUUGCCUCAGCGCGGAAAGAAGAAGGGGAAGUUGACGCAGAACCACCAAGGAGACACUGGCUUUGGAGCCAAGCUGGUCCCUGGCAUCCUCUCCCUCAUUCUUGCCGUCACGCUCGGUGCUCCUCUCAUCGCCAUCGUCCUCGUCCUCUUUGGUGCCCCGCUCACUUCCCACCAAGCCCAUACCCUCUACUGCGGACUCCACAUCUCGCUGCUCGCCGCAUACCCUCUCUUUUACGUCCACGGUGUCGACGGUGCCAAGUGGACCGAGGUGGGCGCAUUGGCUGCCCCUAUCGAUGAGGUCUUUGGCGCUACUGUCGGAACAUUGAUUGGUGCUUGGNUGGGCGCCGUGCCCAUCCCUUUGGACUGGGACCGUGAGUGGCAGAAGUGGCCUGUCACUAUCUUGGCUGGUGCUUAUAUGGGAUAUGCGGUUGGCAAGGUCGUGGGUGGUUCGCUGCUCAAGGGCUCGAAGAUUAAGAUUGCAUGA